GGUCCACUGUACAUUUAUAUUUAAUUGAAACAGGCGACGUGUUAGCAUUGACUGACUUUGACUUUUGGUCCCAAUUCUCAACUGCACUCUUUAAUUACCCAUCUUCCCCCUUCCAUCGCCAUUAUCGAACCAUUUCAACCUCUCUAUUUCACUCCUGCAUUCCAUCCCCCAAUUUUCUAACCCUUGAUUCCGUUUUCCAGUAUGCUUCUUCCCUGAUUUUAGGGUUUUCAGGUGAUGGAAGGGAUGAUGAUACAUUCAGCUGGGAUCUUGCUUCUGGUUGCUUGCUUCAUGCUUGGUUUUGAAGUUUCAGAAGCUGUGUCAAAUGAUUCCAUUCUGGCUGCGUCUUCUCGAAAUGAAAGCCACUAUAAAGCACCGUGUCCGUCUGGUUGGGUCACUGGACCAAGUAAUAAAAUCUGCUUCAAGUCUAUCGGAAACACUCAGUCUUGGAACGAGUCAGAAACUAGCUGCAGAAGUAACAACGCCCACCUUGCAGCAUUAACAUCACUAGCAGAACUGAACUUUCUCCAAGAUCUGUGUAGUAAAUCAACGGCUAAUAAUGAAUGUUGGGUCGGAGGCAUAGGCACCAACACCAACACAAGCAAUUCAAUCGACUGGAAGUGGUCUGACGAUACUUACAACUGGAAUACGACUCUCCUUACAGUGACCACACGAGAUCUGAAGUCUACUUGCACCAAUUCUUCAUGCUUCUACUCUUACAACGAGUCAGCAUCUCUGUGUACUGUGUUGACCAAUAGAAUGUCUCUUGUCGCUGAAAAAUGCAACAUAUCUCACACUUCUAUAUGCAUGCGUCUUGCAGAGAAUAGAUGUCAGCAUAUGCACUGUCACAAGGAAUAUCUCAUCAUACUUGCUACAGUGAGUGGGUUAAUCCUCUUCACUACAUUUGCGGUGGUGAUAUGGCUCCUUGUGUACAAACGAAGCAAAAGACGAAGAAAAUCUCGAAAACUAUCAAAUCUUGCUGAAACAGCCUUGGUUCCUCCAUCAUGGAAAAUCUUCACUCGUGAAGAACUAAGGUCGAUUACAAAGAACUUCAGUGAAGGUAACCGUCUUAUCGGGGAUGCCAAGACAGGUGGCACAUAUAGCGGGACUUUACCCGAUGGAUCGCGGGUGGCAGUGAAAAGGCUAAAGCGGUCAACUUUUCAACGAAAGAAAGAAUUUUACUCGGAGAUUGGAAGGGUGGCGAGGCUUUGCCAUCCAAAUUUAGUCCCUGUGAAGGGAUGCUGCUAUGAUCAUGGUGAUCGCUACAUCGUGUAUGAAUUUGUGGUGAAUGGGCCCCUCGAUAGAUGGUUGCAUCAUAUUCCAUUGGGCGGCCGGACACUAGAUUGGACCAUGAGAAUGAAAGUUGCCACAACCCUUGCACAGGGAAUCGCGUUCUUGCAUGACAAAGUAAAGCCACAAGUCGUGCACCGUGACAUUCGUGCAAGCAACGUACUGCUUGACGAAGAUUUUAACGCUCAUUUAAUGGGUGUUGGAUUAUCCAAGUUUGUACCAUGGGAAGUAAUGCAUGGUAGGACCGUAAUGGCAGGUGGGACCCACGGUUACCUCGCCCCAGAGUUUGUUUACAGGAACGAGCUAACCACAAAGAGCGAUGUCUACAGCUUCGGGGUUCUACUCCUAGAAAUAAUAAGCGGUCGUAGACCGGCUUCUCAAGCAGUUGACUCGGUGGGUUGGCAAAGCAUUUUCGAGUGGGCCACCCCGCUCGUUCAAUCACACCGUUAUUUAGAGCUUCUUGAUCCUGUGAUUUCGGCAUCUUCUUCCACGUCACCUUCUAGAAUACCUGAAGCUGGAGUUGUACAGAAGGUAGUUGAUCUCGUGUAUUCGUGUACGCAACAUGUUCCGUCGAUGCGUCCUAGAAUGUCGCAUGUGGUCCAUCAGUUACAGCAGUUGGCAGCUUAGGAGGGGGUGGGGCUAAUGUUUAAGUGAUUAGAUUCAUGUUAAAUGUUUAUUAGGUGGAUUUUAAGGAUAAAGUUUAGGAUGAUUAUUGAACGUUUGCUGUGUUAGCAUUGGCAUUGUUGUACCAUAGUGGUUAACAUUAAGUUAUUAUCAUCGUAUCUGUGAAGAACUAUUCAUAUGAUAUAAUGUUAAGGAGGAUCUUACAUGUUAACAAGACGUAGCUUAUGUUUA